CUUCCAAAAUUAUCUGUAGAUAUGUUCAAGGAAUCCAAAGAGGAUUUACGCAUAGAAGUUUUAAAGGUGAGUUUAAAAAAAUUUUUGAGAACAAGUUUCGCAAUGGACUUAUCAACAAUUUUUCAGGAUCAGCGACAGAAUCGGAAAUUAUUAGUCAAUUACGAAGAAACGACUCUAUCACAGAAUCAAAGGAGGCAGAUCAUGUGCGAGAAAAAGUUACGAGACCCUCAGAGGCACAGGAUGAUCAUUUAUACAAACGUCAACAAAGCUAACACCACAGUUGCUUCGGGGUUCGAAGAUUUCUUAUCUAGCGACCAAGAAUCUGACUCAUUUCUUUCAGAUGCACCACUUAACUGUCCAGCCACAUUGGCGGAUGAAGAAGAGAAAAACAACAGACACCGUGAUUCUCAUAAUGUCAACGAAAAGGUGACUAUAUUAACAAACAACUCCUUAACAAUGGAUAAUUGA